CUGCAACCCAGACCAUCUGCUGGCCAGAAUCACAAACAACUGCGGCCAUGCAUUUCCAGACGAUUGCGAGCCUUUUGGCGUUUUCCGGCGCGGCAAACGCCUUUUUCGAUUCAUCGCCAUGGAUUCUUUUGUCAACGUCGCCCUUUGCCAAGGCCCCCAGCGCGGAUUCGAUUCAAACCAGCUCUUCAGUGUUGGGCUUCACCAAAGAUGCGCUGUCGACGUGCCCAACCGAUCGUUACCUCAUUGUCUCCCAGCCUGGCUUGAACACCCAAGACAUCCGCCGGUCCAAUGGCUGCGUGAUGCCGCAUCUCUGCAAAGUCGUCGAUGACGAGCGAAUUAAGGGCAAAUCCAUUGUGAAUGAGGUCGUAGGAAACCUGGAAGAUGCACAACUAUCAGAAUACAUCAAGUCUGCCUGUGCUAAGCAGGGCAAGACAGCCACUGUGGAGGAAAUCCAUCUGUCUCCCUUGUCUUGGGAGGGCAGGGCUGCCGCAUUCGCUGCCAACGAUGAUAAACUUGCACAAGGCCUUGAGAAGGCCACGGAGGGCGACAGCUAUACAUUCCUCUUCUACUCGACCCCAGGCGAGCCAAUCUACGAACCCGAGUUCGAAGAAGCUCUCCGGACGGAGCUGAAGAGAAAUGUUCAGAGCGACGAGCCGUCAAAGGGAGGCAACAACACCGAGUGGGACAAGCUCCCCUUGUUCGAGAAGUACCAGUUCUUUACUCCCGGUAUCUUCAUGGCGCUCAUCACCGCAGUUAUUUUGCUUGCUAUUCUUAGCGUUGGUAUUAGAGCUCUUGGAAGCCUCGAGGUGUCAUAUGGUGCGUUUGAGAAAGACAUGGGCCCUGCCGCACAGAAGAAGAACCAGUAAUGCAUCUGCCGGUCCUGGCAAGAUAUCAUGUAGCGAGGUUAUGCGUGAGAAUCCUGUAACAAUAAUUCUUUAAUUUCCAGUAUAGGGGUAUGUGUUUGCUUUUCGCGAGUAUUAUAUCAAAAGAAUACAAUUUUUAUGGUACUUUCUGCAGAGAUGAUGUGAACCGGAAAUGCAUAAUAGUGAAGACAUGAAAU